UGUUCCCCAAAUUAAGUUGAGGAGAAAUGAGACAGAAAAAAGCCCGAAACUAGAAGAUCUUUCAUCAUCUCUGUGAAAGAGAGUCGUCGGAAGUGGAAGGCAUAGCUGGUAAAAUAGCAGCAGAUGGCAACCACAGCAUGUUUCGUCAUCGUCAGCAGAAACGACAUCCCUAUUUACGAAGCUGAAGUCGGAUCCGCUGCCAAAAGAGAAGAUGCUGCUCAGCUGCAUCAGUUUAUAUUACAUGCUGCUCUGGAUAUUGUUCAGGACCUUGCCUGGACUACUAGUGCCAUGUACUUGAAAGCAAUAGACCGCUUUAAUGAUCUGGUGGUUUCCGUCUAUGUCACCGCUGGUCAUACACGACUUAUGCUACUUCAUGACUCCCGUAAUGAUGAUGGUAUCAAGAGCUUCUUCCAAGAGGUUCAUGAGCUCUAUAUCAAGACUCUACUUAAUCCCCUCUACCUGCCUGGUUCCCGAAUUACUUCAUCGCAUUUUGAUACCAAAGUCCGUGCCCUUGCACGAAAAUAUCUGUAGGGCCAUGCAUCCUGCGGGAAGACAAGCCCCUGACUUUUUCAGGAUGAGGUGCAAGCUUCCACAAAUAGGGUAUUUGAAGCCUUUUCUUCUUCUUUUUCUGUUUCAUGAUUUUAGUUCAAGACUGUUACUUGUAAAACAACGAUGUUUAGUAAAGAAUUUAGUCCGCCAUAUUUAGGGUAUGUUUAUGUUACGUAUUAGAAACUUUCCGUAUUGCAUUUAUCUUAUGUAUCCUCGCUAACAGUUGUACUGCUAUUACAGAUUGAAAUUUUUUUCGAGGGUCAUACUA